UGAAUUUGUUUUUGUUUUUCUGUUUACCAUGUGCAUUUACUAGAGCUCCCUGGGUGCCAGGCCCUUAAAAGAAGGGAUCCAGACCUCAGCUGUCUUCACCGGUUUCCAGGAUUGGAAGGGAGCUGCUGGCAUCCUCUCGGUCACUAACGUGAAGACGCAGGGGAACCGGCGCCUGCCGCCUGCUAAUUCUCUGCCACUAACUCUGCAGGCAGGCCUCUCUGGCCUCAGGCUCCCCCAGACCCCUCCCUGGCCUCAAAAACACCAUUGUAGCAGGAACACGUUUCUUCUGGUCCUGCCGACUCAGGGAGAGGCCAUGUGUUGAGGGAAGAGGUGAUCCUUCUAGAAGGGAAGGAAGGCUGCCAGGCUGGAGUCUGGUUGAGUUGGCUGCGGGCCCUAACUCUGCUGACCACACGGGAGGCUGGGGGACAGAUAGGGGGACUCAGAGAGGGUGUGAGGGUCCCCAGAGGGCUCUGACAAGCGGGAGGGCUCACGCAGGGCCCGGAGGGAAGGAAGAGAAGGACCCAGGAAGCGGAGGGGCGGGUGGUGGAAGCCGGGCCACGGGGCUUUCCACAGGGGCUUACGGCGCCGCGAGCCCUGGGUGCCAGGCGUGGGAGCUGUCGGGGUAGAGUGUCUGGACGGCUCCUCGGCGACAGGCGGCAGGCAGGACAGAAGGUGCGACCACCUUCAGAUCCCCACUCUCCCCGCGCUUCUCCAGCCUGUGUGUGCCCGCCCAGGCUCUUCGUGUGCCCACACACGUCCAGGCGCAGACGCUGGGCCCUGAGCCACUGCUUGCGGCCCCUUCUGGUGCCCUCCUCUGAUGCUGGGAGAAGCUGGGGAGGUGCUGACGGAAGCCUUCUGCUCCUGGAUAAAAUCUGGGACACCAGAUUCCCUGUGCUGUGCGGGAUCCUGCCAGGGGCACCGCUGGCACAGGGAGGAGGGCCCUGCAGGAAGGCAGAGGGCUUUUGGCUGAUUUUAGGGAGCAGACUGGAGCCUCCAUCCUAACCUCACCACCUGGUCCCUGCCCCUGGCUCCUCUAGAUGCAUGUCACCUCUCACCUGUCACCUGCACCCACUGAGAAGUGUCUUACUGUGUGCUUCGGUCCUGCGGUUCCCAAGGCCCCAGGGGCCUCAGUUUCUUCCCGGUAGUCUUGGAUGUCUUGGAUCUCCUGGUGGCUCUGCUGGUGGUGCCUUGGAAAGCGACAGCCCACGAAGCAGGCUAGGGGCCCUUGGGGUUCUUUGUGACACCUGGGUGGCCUUUGACAUCAUGCGGUCCUGUCUCCGCCCUCCUGCUCCUGUGCCUCAUCAGCCUGGAGCCCUGUCUGGCUACCGCCAGCCCCUUUUACUCCCAGCAGCACCUGAGCCCCAGGGCUGCUCUGGGGGCCAUUCCCGUGGCCUGGCUGCUGCCAGUUCUCAUUUCUUUCAUCCCUGUCCUGCUGCUCUGGCAUCAGGCAUGGGGGACAGGUGGCACAGGGGGCAGGUGGCACAGGGCGAAGCCCAGCCCAACAGUACAGAGUCCCCUGUCUGGGUUCACAGAUACAGCCCCAGCCUCAGCCACACCUGUGUGCUGGCCUCCUCAUUGGCCAGCUUCUUAUGCACAUCACUGAUUGUCGCAUCCACCAUCCCACCUGCAGUUCUGUGCUGGAGCUGCUGGGUGCCCCUGGCUGUAGGGCACCCAUGGAGCCUUCAUCUGCAUCUGUCCUGCCCCACCCCACCCCCACCCCCAGCACUUUCUGCGAAGAGACCAAGGUGCAAAGACCUUAUUUAUCAUCAUGGGGGACUUUGUGUGCUGCGGGCCUCCACUCUUCAUUCUCAACUGCUUGAUGCCCUCCUGCCCUGCUGCCAGGCCUGGCCUCACCUGUGUCAGGGAGACAGACACCUUCAGCAUCUUUGGGUGGUGUGCCCAGGCUCACAGCCCUCAAUCCUGUGGUGUAUGCAUUUAACAGGGAGUUCCACCAGUCUUUUGUCUCACUUCUGAACUGGGGCUGUUGCCCCAGGUCCUCUGCUGUGGGCGGAACAGUCAUCUUCAGCAGUGAGCUGGUGUCCUGCUGCAGGGACGCGAGCUGCCUGAAGAAAAGGCUGCUGUGCCUCCUGUAGAGGUGUCCGUCCUGUAUCCAGCUGCCCUGGUCUAGAGGGUGAGACAGCAGUGAGCCUGGAGGAGGGUCCCAGUUGAGAGGGCAUUGUCCCUGGAGAAGGCUGCCUCCAGCCCCUGGCACGCCCUUGCUGGAGCGGGAGGUUAGGAGGGGAGCCAUGGACCCGGUGUGUGGAGCCCGGGAGGCCAGAAGCAGAGGAACUAAGAGAUGCAGGUUGUGGUUGCCUCUGCCGUGUGGGGGACACCCUUGUGGGAUCUGCGGGGCACUUUGGUGUCCUGUCUCUGGAGUCUGAUAACCACAGGAUGUCUCUGGGUUUUCCCUUUUGCAGCUGUAACCAAUUCUUCCCAUCCUGUGGCAUCAGGGCAGCCCUCGUCCCAGAGCCCUGUUGGACAAGGCAUCGAGCUCUGGAACAAAAAUAUCUUUUCUGAUUCCUUAGUCCCUGAAUGGAGUCAAAGUCUUUUAUGCCACAGCCAAAGCCUAUGCUUUUCAUAUUCUUGGAGCGGCAACACACUGCAUGAAAUUUCCACUGCCGGAUCUUUCUCUGGAAGCAUCGCUGAUCAAUCAUUGGAAACUGUUGCUGAUUGAUUUAUUGGAAGCACUGCUGAUCAGCCAUCGAGCA